AUGUGAAUACUGCACAUCAGGACCCGACCCAAUCACCAAAAAGCUUAGGACAUGCGAUAUAAAUACAAAAAGCCUCGGCUCACCAUAUUUAACUGUCUCCUGCCUCAAAGUUUCAAUUCAUUAGACGUUGAGACCUCUAUCCGGCCAGUUGCACCCACAAGAAUCCUCCUUAAACCUAAUAAUUACUAUCCACGUCCAGCAAUUUAAGUCGUGGGGAAAGUGAGACACGCGUUUACAUACGUAUUGAGAAAAUUGAGAUUCACAAACUCACUUUGUCCCAAGUUUAUCAACACUAUCGUGAUUGUGUUAUCUACAUACUUCGAGUGAAAAUAUUAAUCCAUACCAAGUAUUCACAUACAUAAGUUUAUUGUCGAGGCCAAUUUUCUAAAUUGGUCUACGUAGCUUUCACUUUUGUCGACUUGUUUUAAAAAAGAAAACAAAAUUCCGUUCACCGUGGCCAAACCUUGUGCAGAUUGUGGGGACACGGUUGUUUUUUGACGACUAAUUACACCUCAUUCAUCUUCUUAUCCUUCUUCCAAAGGACCUUUAAUGGUACAAAAGACGUUUCCGAGAAUAUCGGUGUCACUCGGCUGUAACGCCGUUUGCUCUGCAAUCUUCGUCAAAUCAGUUCCAGGUCAACUUCUCGGCUUCCUCCUCCUCGAAGGUGUAAACUGCUCUUUCGAACCGGGUUAGCGUCCUUCUGCAUUGUCGUCACUAUACCCUUACACACAAUACAACAACUUAAGGAUGGUACAAGCACUUCAACUCAGUCUUCAAAGGCGUGAUUCAGUAGACUCUGCAAUUUGGACUGCCAAAAACGACACAAUGAUGACGACGACCCCACCACAGAAUGAACAAGUAUGCUUGGACGUGUCCGCCCUGCCCGGCUACGUUACCCAACCCCACCAACGACGCACUUCUGUGGGGAUCGUCGUUGUCGAUGUUUGCAACGAACCAUUCGUCGUCGAAAGCGAUGACACUGAAAUUGUCCAGGAUUCGCCCACCCCUUCUUGCGAUGAUGGCAUUUCUAUGAACUUCUCCAUCAGCUCGAUGGGCGAUGAAGGGCGUGGGACGCACGGGGGAGUCUUUGUGACGGAGUCAUCUGCAUCACUCCCGAUUUACGAGUGUAAUAAUUCUUCCCCGGAUCCUAGAUCAGUGUCCCGGUCAAGUGUAUCACUUGCGACGAGCAGCAUUUGUGCAGGCGGAGGAGGCGAUGAGAAAGACCCUUCACGGUUUGGAACACCCAUCCAUCCCAGUUUGGGAGCAGGCGACUCGAGAGCUUCCCUCAUUUCGCUGGGCAAACGUCCAGUUCGAAAAGAUGAAACGUGGAUAUCUAUUCUGUCCCAAAUUGGUCUUCCCUUUCUAAUUGCUGGUCUUGGGAUGGUUGGCGCAGGAUUACUACUAGAUUACGUCAUGACCUGGCCCGUAUUUAUCGACAUCGGCGAAUUAGUCAUUUUGGUCACACCCCUUUUAGGAUUGAAAGGAAAUCUGGAAAUGACUCUGGCAGCGAGAUUGUCAACGCAUUCCAACAUUGGGAAUUUGGAUAAAGCUACUGGUAAAAAGUGGACAAUUUGUAGUGGGAACUUGAUUCUAGAUCAGUUGCAAGCGAUUGUAUGUGGUUUCUCCGCAUCUUUAAUUGCUGUGACCAUUGGGUACACCUUCACAGGAAAAUUUGACCCUGACCAUAUGAGCUUGGUUGUGGUAUCGAGCGUACUAACUGCCAGCAUGGUCUCCUUGAUUCUGGGUUCAACCAUGAUCUCUGUCAUACUGAUUUCAAAAAAAUUCAAAAUUAACCCAGACAAUGUCGCGACCCCAGUUGCUGGUUCACUGGGAGACGUUGUCACUUUGGGGAUGCUAUCAUGUUUUGCCAGCCAACUGUACAGGUGGCAUCAGGAUGGUUUUGCUUGGAUCCCUUAUGUUAUAAUUGCCUUCUACCUCGCUUGCCUACCCGUUUGUUUCUGGUUGGCAUUCCGCAAUGAGUACACCAGGCCUGUGACCAUAUCCGGAUGGGUUCCCUUACUCGUUUCAGUUUUAAUCAGCACGGGUGGGGGAAUUCUGUUGGAUUUGGCCUCAGCUAGAUUCCCUGGAGUGGCGCUUUAUCAGCCAGUGAUUAAUGGAAUAGGCGGAAACUUGGUCAGUGUUCAAGCCUCGAGGAUCUCUUCGUAUUUGCAUGGACAUUGUGAAAAACGACUGUUGCCGGACAAUAGCAGAGUCUGCGAGACUCCGUUCUCAGUCUUUAUGGGAAAAGGAAUAAAUUCAAUGUCGGCAAGACUUUUGCUGUUGCUUGCAAUCCCUGGUCAUUUGUUGUUUUCUACCGUGGCCCAUUUCGUUGCCAGCAAUGAUGAUACAAAUUACGGUCCUGUGUUUUUAGUGAUUUACGUAGCAGCGGCAGUGACGCAAGUAACAAUGCUUCUCUACAUUGCCAAGGUUCUAACAAACCUGUGCUGGGUUCGAGGAAUUGACCCCGACACUGCGACAAUCCCUUAUUUGACGGCAUUAGGGGACCUCUUUGGAAGCUCGCUCUUAUUUGUUGCGUUUGAAGUACUAUUGUUAUGCGGACAAGUUGCAACAACACAGUAAUGAAAUAUUGUUUUAGUUCCUGAUUAUACGUUUAUCACAGUUAUGCAUGUUGAAUGAUGAGAGAAUAUAAUAAUUAUUGUUAUGCAGUACGUGUAUACCUAUACCUACAUAUUUACAUACAUAAUAUGCAUAUAUAUAGGUAAAUAACUGAUAUGUUAUCCAACUACAAGAUUUUUCCUUUAUUGGAAAUUUUAUUAAAAAAAAUACUUUUUGUAUUUGCAAAAUUAUUCUUAUUGUGAUAUGAAUUCAUGCUAAUUGUAAACAUAAAAAUAAAACAUUUUAAAAACAAAAA